UGGUGCGAAAUCGAGGGCUUUCCUCUGUUUGCUGACUCGCUCUCUCUCCCUCUCUCUCUCUCUCUCUUCUCUUUUGUUUUUUCUCUCUCUUAUUCUCUGUUAAUUCUGAAAAUGGAUCUCUAACGCAACUUCAUUUUUUUAUGUUUUUUUUUCUGCUCCGCGGCACAAAACGCUGCCUUUGAAUGAGAACGAAAGUUUGCAGAUUCCGGGUAAUGUUUUUUUUUUUUAAUUUUUUAAUUUCUUCGUGGUUUUUGGAUUGCGUGAAUUUCGAAUUUCCAGAUCCUAUUUCUGUUUCGGUGGUUUGCGUUUACAACUCGAGGUAAGGGUUGAGAGAACGGUGGCUUUUUCGAACUUGGAUCUCGACGUUUGGAAUCAUAGGAGAUGAAGUAAGGGAUUGUUUGGGCGUAAUUUUUAAUAUUUCCCGGCGAAUUGAUUAUCAAAAUUUUCCUGUCGAUCGAGAAGGGUUAGGGUUUUGGCGUGAUGGCUUCGAAUCCUCCAUUUCAUGUGGAGGAUCAGACGGAUGAGGAUUUCUUUGAUAAACUGGUUGAGGAUGAUAUUGAGCCUGUUAAGUCUGGCAAUGAUGAUGAAGGCCAUGAUUCUGAUGACGUUAAAGCUUUCGCGAGUCUAGGUAUUAGUGAUGAUUCUGGGGAAAGUGGGAUUGAGAUGAAACGGGAAGAAGAGGAAGAGGGUGGUGUGAAAUUGGACGGCGGAAAUGCACAAGAGGGGAGUUUUUUGGUGCCCUCUAGUUCAUUUGAAUGUGAUAGUGCAAUGGAUCAUGGUGAUCGUGGGACGAAAUCGGAGAUUACAUCGAGUUUGACUGUGAGCAAGAGCAAUGGGAUGACUGAUUCAGGGGUUAAGGAGGUGGAUUGGAAUUCUUUUUAUGCUGAUUCAAAUGGAGAUGUUGGGUUUGGAUCAUAUUCUGAUUUUUUCAGUGAUUUGGGAGAUCAAUCUGGCAAAACAUAUCAUGAUUCUAAUACUGAGGUGAAAACUGGUAAUGAAAUUCCAAAUGAUGGGCUGAAUUCCUCUGCUAAUCAUGUGCAAUAUCAAGAGGAUCAAGGUUAUGAUGCAUCUCUGGGAAAUAGCACAGAUGGGCAAGAUCUUAGUAGCGGUCCGUAUUGGGAGAAUCUUUAUCCUGGCUGGAAGUAUGACCACAGCACUGGACAAUGGUAUCAAGUAGAUGACCAUAAUGCAUCAAUUGGUACUCAGGGAAGCUCUGAAGCCAAUACGGCUGUGGAUUGGACAGCUGCUUCUGAUAUGAAAGCGGAGGUCUCUUAUAUGCAGCAAACUGCUCAGUCUGUUUCUGGAACAUUAGUUGAAACUGGCUCAACUGAAAGUGUAUCAAGCUGGAAUCAGGUUUCACAAGGGAAUGGUGGGUAUCCAGAACAUAUGGUUUUUGAUCCUCAGUAUCCUGGUUGGUAUUAUGACACAAUUGCCCAAGAAUGGCGGUUGUUGGAGACUUAUAAUUCAUCUAUUCAAUCAGCUGUUCAGGGACUUGAAAAUGGACAUGCUUCUACUAGUACUCUUUCGCAAAAUGUUAACAAUUUGUAUAGAGAGUAUGGCCAAGCUGGCAAUUAUGGGACGCAGGGCGUUGGUAGUCAGGUUGCAAAUAACAGCUGGAGUGGUUCAUAUGGUGUUAACCAUCAGCAGGGUUUGGACACUCACACAUCUGACACUUUAACUAAAAGUGGGGAUGGUGCAACUACUGGUGGAAACCAGCAAUUUGAACAUUCUUUUGGUACAAGUAUUUCUGUCAAUAAAAAUCAGCUAAAUACUUCUAGCUCCUUUGGAACAGUUGCAUUGUACAAUAAAGUGAACCAUGAUCACGGUUUGGCAAAUGGAACUCUUGAACCGCAAAACUUUGCCCCUAGUGGGCAUGUUGUUCAACAUUUUAAUUAUUCAAAUACGCAGUUUGAUGAACGAAAAAAAUAUUUAGAUGAAUAUGCCGAAAGUCAGAAGCCCUUCAGUUACUCCCAGGCCCAGCAAUCAUUUCAGGGUGGGAAUCAGUAUUCUUAUGCCCCUCAUGUUGGAAGAUCAUCAGCUGGACGUCCUCCUCAUGCCUUAGUAACCUUUGGGUUUGGUGGAAAACUCAUUGUAAUGAAGGAUUCUACUUUUUCAAACUCAUCAUAUGGAAGCCAGACUGCUGUGCAAGGUUCUGUUUCUGUGUUAAACUUGAUGGAAGUUGUCAAGGGAAACAUCAAUUCUUCCAGCAUUGGGAAUGGCACUGGUGAUUAUUUUCAUGCUCUCUGCCAGCAAUCAUUCCCAGGUCCAUUGGUUGGUGGGAGUGUUGGAAGUAAAGAGCUGUACAAAUGGAUAGAUGAGAGGAUUGCACACUGCAGAUUAGCUGACAUGGAUUAUAAGAAAGGUGAAAGGUUGAGACUCCUUCUCUCCUUGCUUAGAAUAGCUUGUCAACAUUAUGGAAAACUACGUUCUCCAUUUGGUACAGACACCAUACUAAGAGAAAAUGAUACUCCCGAGUCAGCAGUUGCAAAGCUUUUUGCAUCUGCCAAGAUGAGUGGCAAGGAGUUCACUCAGUAUGGUGAACUAAGCCACUGCCUCCAAAAUUUGCCUUCUGAAGCACAAAUGCUGACAACUGCUUCAGAGGUACAAAACCUUCUUGUCUCUGGAAAAAAGAAGGAGGCUUUGCAGUGUGCACAAGAAGGUCAGUUGUGGGGACCUGCACUUGUUCUUGCUUCACGACUUGGUGAUCAGUUCUAUGUCGAUACAGUGAAGCAAAUGGCACUUCGUCAGCUGGUUUUAGGGUCACCUCUGCGUACACUAUGCCUUCUAAUCGCUGGGCAACCAGCUGAAGUUUUCUCUUCUGAUAGCUCAGUUAGUGGAGAUCCUAGAGCUUUUAAUAUGCCUCAGCAGCCUACACAGUUGGGAUCUAAUGGCAUGCUUGAUGAUUGGGAGGAGAAUUUGGCUGUUAUAACUGCAAACAGAACCAAAGAUGAUGAGCUUGUAAUUAUUCAUCUUGGUGAUUGCUUAUGGAAGGAGAGAAGUGAGAUCAUUGCUGCACACAUCUGCUAUUUAGUUGCUGAAGCAAACUUUGGGUCAUACUCAGAUAGUGCAAGGCUCUGUCUUGUAGGAGCUGAUCAUUGGAAAUUUCCUCGAACUUAUGCUAGUCCAGAGGCUAUCCAGAUGACUGAGUUAUACGAAUAUGCAAAGGUGCUUGGAAACUCUCAGUUUAUUUUGCUUCCAUUUCAGCCAUAUAAGCUCAUAUACGCAUAUAUGCUAGCUGAAUUGGGAAAGGUUUCAGACUCAUUAAAGUACUGCCAGGCAGUACUGAAAUCCUUAAAAACUGGUCGCGCACCAGAGGUAGAAACAUGGAAACAGUUGGUAUUUUCUCUUGAGGAGAGGAUUAGAACCCACCAACAGGGUGGGUAUACUGCAAAUUUGGCUCCUGCAAAAUUAGUGGGCAAAUUGCUCAACUUUUUUGAUAGUACUGCACACCGAGUUGUUGGUGGUUUACCACCACCUGCUCCAUCAUCAUCUCAAGGAGUUUUGCAUGGAAAUGGACAACAUUACCAGCCUACAACAAACAGAGUAUCCAAUAGCCAAUCAACAAUGGCCAUGUCAUCCUUGGUUCCAUCUGCUUCAAUGGAACCCAUCAGUGAUUGGACAGCGGACAGUAAUAGGACGACAAAGCCUAAUAGAAGUGUUUCAGAGCCAGACUUUAGUAGAAGUCCCCGACAGGGAGCCUCACCUGAUGCACAAGGAAAAGCAUCAGUAUCAGGAGGCACAUCUCGCUUUUCUUUUGGUUUUGGCUCACAACUUUUGCAAAAGACAGUGGGGCUAGUCUUGAGACCUCGCCCUGGCCGACAGGCUAAAUUGGGUGAAAAAAACAAGUUCUAUUAUGAUGAAAAACUGAAAAGAUGGGUAGAGGAAGGUGCUGAACCUCCUCCUGAAGAAACUGCACUGCCGCCACCUCCAACUACUGCUGCUUUCCCGAAUGGUUCAAUUGAUUACAACUUGAAAUCUGCAUUGAAGAAUGAAAGACCACCUUCUAAUGAGGGCUCUGAUUUAUCAAGUUCUGAACUUACUCCAGGGAUUCCACCAAUACCACCUAGCACAAAUCAAUUCUCUGCUCGUGGCCGCUUUGGUGUUCGAUCAAGAUAUGUUGAUACAUUCAACCAAGGUGGUGGAAGCUCUGCAAACUUGUUUCAGUCACCAUCUGUUCCAUCUGUAAAAUCUGCCCUUGCUGCCAAUCCAAAGUUUUUUAUUCCUGCUCCUGCACCAUCAUCCAAUGAGCAGGCAAUGGAGGCUAUAGCAGAAAGUAAUCAAGAAGAUAGUUUAACUAAUGAAAUUCCUUCAACGUCUUCUAGGAAUGAUUGGUCAUACCAAUCCCCUCAGCCCCCAUCAGCAGCGACCAGGCAAAGGUUUCCAAGUAUGAGUAAUAUCUCAAUCCCUGAAGCAAUGACGGAUGGCAGUAACUCUCAUUUGCCUCAUUCACGACGAACAGCUUCAUGGGGUGGGGAUAUUGGCAAUAUAUUUAGUCCCACAGAAAUGGGUGAAAUUAAGCCUCUUGGUGAAGCUUUGGGAAUGCCACCGACAACAUUUAUACCAGAUGAAUUUUCUUUAAGGCAUACACCAACGAAGAGUGGGAGUUUUGGAGAAGAUCUUCACGAGGUCAAACUUUGAGCAGAUAACUAAGCUGUAAAUAUCAAAUUUUGUUUAUGGUUGUCAGAGUAGUUGGGUCGUCCCUGCCUCAUUUCUCUGAAGUACGAAAUGAUGAUACACAUCAGUUGAAGUUCAUAAAGAGACCAAAGUCCCUGGGCCCCUUUUCUCCCCACCCCUUAUUUUACUAUAAAUGCCGAGGGAGUUGACACUUUUCACCGUUUAUGGCUCGAGGAACUGAUGUCUUUUAGCAAGGGAUAGACUGCGUAGGUGAGUAGUACAACUCAUUUGUUCAUUUUAUUAAACAAGAAAACACGAAAUGUCCCUCGAGGAAAAGAAGCCUCAAAGAUAAAGGCAAAAGAAUAGAAUAUGGAAUUUGUGAAAUAUAAGUUUUGUUCUUUUGUAAUUGUUUCAGUUAUGAAAUGGAAUAUAAUUUAACGAUAAUUGUAAUGGUUUGUCAAGGCAAUCUUACUUGGUAGAAAUAUAAAUAAUGCUGAGGGUUGCAUAACCUGCACUUGCCUGCCUGUAAUUUUAUUUUCUUUGACUGUUGGAAAAGGAUUGAAGUUAUAUAUAAUGGGUUUGGUUGGAAGAGAAUGAAGAGGGGAAGGGGAGAGGAGAUUGUUUCAGUUUUAUCUUAUUUGGUUUAGAAACUUGAGGGGAGAGAAGAGGAAAUGAAGGGGUCAAAAUUUCUUCUAUAUUGGAGAGAUUUUUUUUAAUGGAAUAUUGGAG